CCUGGAAAUUGUAAACAACUAUGAAAUAGUUUUAAAAUUCUUUACAUUUCAUAUUCAGUCCACUUAUAAAAUAAAGUUUAUAUUUUGAACAUAAAAAUAGUAAGGACUUGUAAGAAUAAUACGAAUUCUACGGAAAAGUACGCUUUGUACAUAAAUUUGAAUGCCGUUUUCCUCGUAAUCACAAGGGUGGCCAAGUAAAACAACCCCACUACUUACGGGACAAUGGAGAACAUAUGCCAACUUUGCAAGCUGAUACCGGGCCUGUUGGUAAAACGUGGAGACUCACUACCGAUAACCAUUUGCUUGCAGUGCCUGCAUUUGGAUGCAUUUGGUUCAAAACUAGGGAGCCAAAAGGAAAUAGAGGAUGAGGUCCUGGAAAGGGAACCCAUCCUGGGAGAAUACUUCAUAAUAACAGAAUUCGAGGAAGACCCAACGAUGGCAACAUGCCGGGUUUGCCUGGGGCAUAACGAAAACAUGAUUAAUAUCUUUGAUAACACGCUGGAGUCGGGCAUCCCGAUUGCCACUCUGAUCUCACAAAGUACAGGACUUGGCGUGGCGAAAGGAGACUCAUUUCCCGAAACUGUUUGUCCGACAUGUCUGCUGGAUGCUCAUAACGGCUACGAAUAUCACAAAUUGCUAGGGACAUCAUCAGUUAUGCCAAGUGAAGGAAGUCAUCGAUGAGAACUUAGUUCAGGAAGUUAAACGAGCAAGUUAAGAAUGACUUGUUUAAAGAAGUCCCUAAUGCAACAGUCUGUGGAACUGAU